UCAUAUCAUGGUAUCAGAAGUGUCUUGAAAACCACACGUUUGUUAUUUCUGUAGCUGAGUACAGUAUUGGCGCGGUUACGUUCCAUAUGCGAACACACGCCGUUUCCUACUGCUAGUCACAACACUGAUCAACUCGUUGUUAGCUGGUAAGCUAGCAUCACUACCUAAUGCUACCUCGAUGGCUGAAGGCAAAGAUAUCUCCUAUUCCAUCGCUAUGGCAGCGAACAUUCCGCCACCAAAUCCCAUGGUUCUCACAGGGGUCUCGAAUACUAAUUGGUACAACUUCAGGGAUGAAUUCGAGGACUAUGCGCUGGCAACCGGUCUACAUAAACCCAACGAGGUCCAAGCGGCAAAUGAGGAGUUUAAUGGGCAGCGAAUGCAGGCAUUUCUACCAGCACAAACUCACCCUCACAGCACGACAACAGUGUGAUGCAAAGGCUAUAUUGGAUUGCAUUGGAAAAUUACUUCAAACCCACCAGGAACGUCAUUUACGAUUGGUUCGUUUUCGGAAGCUGCAAACAGGGACCUGAGCCCUAGGACCAUGCCUCAGGACUACCUGGCAUGAUGACUCCUUGCUGUCCCCAGUCCACCUGGCCGUGCUGCUGCUCCAGUUUCAAUUGUUCUGCCUGUGGCUAUAGAACCUUGACCUGUUCACCGGACGUGCUACCUGCCCCAGACCUGCUGUUUUCAACUCUCUAGAGUUUGGUUUGAUGUAAAUACUGUGAAAAUCCACAGGCAUGAGACAAAGAGCACUGCCCUGCAGAGCUUGUGGAACCAAUAAUCACUUUGUAAAAAUGUGUCUCAAAAGAAAAAGACGGGUGAGUGAGGGCAAGAUUUACUGUGUUGAUGAUGUCACUCAGAACACUGUUUCAGAACAGUGAAAGUGACAUUUACAUGCAUGAAUCAAUUGGGGCUGUACACUCAAGAGGGAAGAAUUGGUUUGUGACGCUACGAUUACACAACAAGCAACGUAAUGGGCUACAAAGACAAAAUCAACCUGGCACCUGAUACACACCUCUUGCCCAGUGAUACUAGACUAAAGCUGUACUCAGGAGAGCUAAUGAGCUCUGGGCAUCUUUGUGACCGAAUGUAAUUCGUGGACGCAAACACAAGCUGGAGUUUGAGAUUGUGAAAACCAGUCAACAUUCUCUCCUCUCAGGCUCUACAUGCAAACGCCUGAUACCUGACGUAGUAUUUAGUCCAGGUUUAGGUGUGUAUACUGUAUGAUACCUGACAUAGUAUUUAGUUCAGGUUUAGGUGUGUAUACAGUAUGAUACCUGACAUAGUAUUUAGUUCAGGUUUAGGUGUGUAUACAGUAUGAUACCUGACAUAGUAUUUAGUUCAGGUUUAGGUAUGUAUACUGUAUGAUACCUGACAUAGUAUUUAGUUCAGGUUUAGGUAUGUGUACUGUAUGAUACCUGACAUAGUAUUUAGUUCAGGUUUAGGUAUGUAUACUGUAUGAUACCUGACAUAGUAUUUAGUCCAGGUUUAGGUAUGUAUACUGUAUGAUACCUGACAUAGUAUUUAGUUCAGGUUUAGGUAUGUAUACAGUAUGAUACCUGACAUAGUAUUUAGUUCAGGUUUAGGUAUGUAUACUGUAUGAUACCUGACAUAGUAUUUAGUUCAGGUUUAGGUAUGUAUACUGUAUGAUACCUGACAUAGUAUUUAGUCCAGGUUUAGGUAUGUAUACUGUAUGAUACCUGACAUAGUAUUUAGUUCAGGUUUAGGUAUGUAUACAGUAUGAUACCUGACAUAGUAUUUAGUUCAGGUUAAGGUGUGUCUACUGUAUGAUACCUGACAUAGUAUUUAGCCCAGGUUCAGGUGUGUCUACUGUAUGAUACCUGACAUAGUAUUUAGCCCAGGUUAAGGUGUGUAUACUGUAUAAUAACUAACAUAGUAUUUAGCCCAGGUUAAGGUGUGUAUACUGUAUGAUACCUGACAUAGUGUUUAGUUCAGGUUUAGGUGUGUAUACUGUAUGAUACCUGACAUGGUAUUUAGCCCAGGUUUAGGUGUGUAUACUGUAUGAUACCUGACAUAGUAUUUAGUUCAGGUUUAGGUAUGUGUACAGUAUGAUACCAAAUUAUCUGCACAUUGUGGAUCAUGUCCAGCAUGGACCCCUGUCCAAAGAACAACUACCCAGCAGAUAUGACAAUAUAUUCAACAGGCCCGUUGAAUCAGUGCCUGGGGAUGUAUACUUUGAAUUGGAUGAGAGCAUCACUCCAGUCCAGUGUGCUCCUCGCAAUGUGUCCAUUGCAAUGAAAGUGGCUGUGAAGGCCCAGCUGGACAAGUAUGAGGCCGAUGGCCACAUGACAUCUGUGACUAAACCAACUGACUGGAUCAGCAAUAUGGUCAUAGUGAAAAAACCAGAGAAGCUGAGGGUCUGCAUCGACCCAAAGCAUCUGAACCAAGCACUGAAACAAUUUGGUGUCUCAGUGGCGCCUGAGGUAUACCAACGCAAGCAGCACGAGUUAUUGGCUGGGCUCAAGGUUAUUGAACCCAUAGCCGAUGAUGUCCUGAUCGUAGGCUGUGGUGACACAGACGAAGAAGCAGAACGUAUUCAUGAUGUGAAGCUCCUGGCGCUGAUGGAGCGCUGCCGAUCAGUUAAGUUUCGCUUUGGCCUGAAGAAGCUGCAGUUCAAGGUGAAAGAUGUCCACUUCCAUGGUCGCAUUCUCUCGGCAGCCGGACCUAGACAAAGACAGAGUGAUCCUCGACAAGCCAAACCCGUCUGAUGCAGAAGGAGUACAGCGUCUCAUCGGCUUUGCAAACUAUCUUUCAACGUUCAUGCCACACCUAUCAACAGUCUGUGAGCCUCUGAGCCAGUUGCUGGACAAAGACAAGUAUUUCAAGUAUUUUUACCUAAGUACUUUACACCACUGACAAUGACUCACCAUAUUCCAGAAGCACAAUCAACACCUCUAGUCAGGUGUUGAAAACUAGUAUGAGCUAUACACUAUGGUGCAAUGCAUCAGAUUAUUGUUUAUUAAAUGUGUUCAUGUGUUUGUACCUGUCCCUAUUCAAAUAAACCAGAAAAUACCACAUUCACCACUAUAAAGCAGUUCAGUUCUGCCACGGUUUGAGGAAAGAAAGAUAGUUGGUGAAAUCCCAUGUCUAGAGAAUCCUGUAGUAGCCUAUCAGUUUUUCUGUGAUGAAAAUAAAUCUGUUAUUGAACGUU